AGGUGACGCCAGUCUAGAAAUGUGACUAUCUGCUGCCAACAGGACCGCUAUAGUAUAACACAACCUUGUCAUUCUCUUUAAGCUGGACAAAAUGUGCUACUUACGGGUUAUUGUCAUUUCUCUUUUGGCCAGCUCGCUCUCUGCAAGACUUGACACACGAGUUAUUGGAGGAUCGGAUGCUGACAUUGCAGACUAUCCGUACAUGUGUUCGUUGGUGUAUUCCGGAAGCCACACGUGCGGCUGCGUGAUCAUAUCAGCCAGUAAAAUCCUGACGACGGCGCAGUGUGUUGAUGGCCGAAACCCAAGCCUGUUGAAUGUUAUUGUUGGUGAGACUGACAGGACAAGCGGUGUCGCUAUUCCAUUACAAGACGUUAAAGUGCAUGAAGACUUUAACACUGGAAUCUACAGAUCCUACAACGAUGUUGCCAUUGGUAACCUGGCGAGUCCGCUUGACUUGUCCAACCCUCUGAUCGAAGCAGCAACGUUGGCAACAGGACCAGACGACUUUACUGAUCAGUCCUGCGUCUUCACCGGCUGGGGCAGCACCAACUCAACCACAAGGUUUCCCGAAAUUCUUCAAAAGACCAAUUUGACCGUUAUAUCUAACGACGGCUGUCGUGCUAAUUUUAGUACCAUCGACAUUGGUGAGGGCCAGAUCUGCGUACACGACGACGAUAAAACUAUUUGUCUGGCUGACUUGGGCAGUCCAAUCGUGUGCCAGGGUGUGGUUGCAGGUUUAGCUUCGUUCGGGAUACUCGUCGACGGUGAAUGUAGCUCCGCGUUUCCGGGAGUGUUCACCAGAAUUAGUUAUCACAAAAACUGGAUUAUGAAUUAGCUGUGUCAGACAUUAAAAGCGUGCUUACUU